AGAUGGCGUCUUUUCCAGCAGAUGGCGCACUGGACGCUCAAGCGAACACACGCACCGCUAAUUACGCCCAGUUCAUUGAAAUGACUAAUUGAUGGAGCUCUACCAGGAGCUGAGAUGAUGAUGAUAACAACAAUAUCGUGAUCAUCCGAGUUUGGACAAGCAUGAGUGAGUGGAUGGGAGGAUCGCACGACGGAUUGAGUGAGGCCGGGCUGCCGUGCACAACGCCACGAUUGCAGGCUGCAAAGCACGUCAGUGAGCCGUGAAGAGGCGCGGAGAGACGCACACAGCCGGGCUCCGACAUGGCUCAAGAGGGAGCAGAUAUGACUGAGGAAACCGAGUGCAUGAUAGAGAGAGGCACGGGGAAGAAACCGGGAAGCGGGGAAUCUUCCGGGAAUGUGAAAGAGAUGCGGGCGGUGAUGUUGUCAAGCUUUGGAGGGCUCAACAAACUCCGAGUGACCAAGAAGAUGAUGCCCGAGCCUCAACGUGGUGAUGUGAAGAUACGCGUUAAGGCAUGUGGUUUAAACUUCCUGGAUUUGAUGGUACGUCAGGGGACUAUUGAUAGUCCUCCUAAACCCCCUCUUGUUCCUGGCUUCGAAUGCUGUGGGAUUGUGGAGUCUGUGGGAGAAAGCACAGAAAAUUUUGAGAUAGGAGACCGAGUCAUGGCUUUUGCUAACUACAAUGCCUGGGCAGAAGUUGUCUGCACACCAGAGGAGUUUGUCUACAAAAUGCCAGAUGACAUGACUUUUGCGGAGGCAGGCGCAUUUGCUCUGAACUUCGUCGCUGCCUACAUGAUGCUCUUUGAGAUCGCCAAACUCAGAGCGGGUAUGUCGGUGCUGGUGCACUCAGCUGGGGGUGCUGUGGGUCAAGCUGUGGCUCAGCUGUGCUCCACUGUACCUAAUGUCAUCGUCUUUGGGAUCGCCUCAAGUUUGAAACAUUCCGCUAUCAGAGAUUCCGUGACUCAUCUCUUUGAUAGAAACAGCGAUUACAUACAAGAAGUCAAAAAGUUAUCUCCAGAGGGAGUCGACAUUGUGUUGGACUGUCUAUGUGGGGAAAACACAGGCAAAGGCCUCAGUCUGCUGAGGCCACUGGGAACGUACAUUCUCUAUGGCGCAUCGAACAUGGUAACUGGGGAGACAAAGAGUUUCUUCAGCUUUGCAAAAUCUUGGUGGCAGGUGGAAAAGGUGAACCCUAUUAAACUGUAUGAGGAGAACAAAGUCAUGGCAGGAUUUUCGUUGCCCAACCUCCUCUUCAGGCAGGGAGGAUCCGGUUUGGUGAAAUCGGCGAUGGACAAACUCUUAUGCCUCUAUCACCAAAAGAAGAUCAAGCCAGUGGUCGAUUCUCUAUGGGCUCUGGAGGAGGUUAAGGAGGCCAUGCAGAGAAUUCACGACAGAGGCAAUAUUGGAAAACUCAUUCUGGAUGUCGAGAAGUCGCCUACUCCCUUGAUGGCCAGUGACAGCACUGAGACCAGUGAAGCGGGGGAGGAAGAAGAGGAGCCUGAGGGGGACAAUGACAGCAAAGAGCGCAUGCCUUUUAUCCAUUAGUGCUCACCUAGAAUGCCAUGAGACGUCCCCUACGGGUUCACCUUAUAGGAUCACGCUGAGAGAGUUGUGCAGUGUUUGUGCAUGUAAUGUACUCAUGUAAGUAUUCAUCUUGCUAGUUUUCUGCUGUUUCUUUCAAUUCAAAGUCCGGGAAAGGACCUGCUCACUUUUAUGCAUGUGCAAAGGACAAAGUGCAUCAUGUUUUCUAGUUUUGCAACAAUCUAGUGAAUACUUUUAAUUCAUAACAUAGAUUAAUAUGCACUUAACCUUGCUGACGUGUGAAAACCAUUUAACAAAUAGUCAAUUUUGGAAUACAAUUUUUAGAAUAAAAAGUCAAUCGAUUCAAUCAAAAAUAUGGUUUAAAAAAUCCUCCCUUGUACUUAGUGAUGACAGAUGAGGUCAUAGUGGUGUUAGAAAUGCAUAUACAGUAUGCCGAGCAUUAUUUUUAAGCAUCUGUAUGUGCCAACCUCAUUGUAUUAUGGGAUCACAUGUGCCUUGUGUUUGAUACUUGAAAUGUUUUCCCUUAAUGUCAGGCUACCAAGAAAACAAAUUUAUCUGUAUCCAGAGGAUUAAAAAUCACCAAAACUAAUCACAUUACGCACUGGGAAUGACAUUUAGAGAUAUCUUAAUACAUUUACACAGCAAUUGGAUUGAUGAAAAUCAGAUUUAUGACCCAAAUUAUAUCCACUUGAGUUUUGUUACCUGGUAACAUAAAAGGAAAUGCUUUAAAAAAGUGGGAUCCAGCAAGACUUUUAUUUGGAAAGACACCACAAUAAAUAGGAGACACGAAAAUAUAUCUGAAUGUCUGUCAAAAUAUCUCAGCGGACGAUGAUGAUUUCUUCAGUCAGACUGCCAGUCGGGAAGAGUUUUUAUUACUUGUCUGACCAAAGUUACUGUAUUUACUUUCUGGUGCCUCAAAACAAACAUGGCCUGAGAGAUUGCUUAUUUUAAGAAAUAAACACAACUAGUCAAAAUUAGAAACGCCAUCAAAUGCAGGGAAUACCACAACCACCUUGAUGACUUAUUGAGACAACGUAUGUAAUCUUCCUAAAUUUGCCUAACAUAAAACUUGAAUUGCUUUUCACAUGACCGGAUGUAUUUUCUCAAGUGCCAGCUCAUUGAAAACAAGCUGUUGAAGAUUCCAUCAGCUUAUUGAAAUCAAAACUAACAUAGAAAGGAAAUAUUGUUUAUGAGACAAAUUACCUCUCUAUACAUAAGAAAUGUGUUUCAUGUACUGGAAGUAGUCACUUUCAAAAUCCAUUUCAGUAUUGAGUAGAAAUAGAUACGAUAUUUAUGUUUGUAAGAGAAAAGGAAAAGGUGCAUGCUUUGUUUGGUAUGUGUGCGUUUGUGUUCACGUAUCGUCAUAAUUAAUUGGGGGAGGCGGAAGAAAAGUACAGUAUUCAGUGUUUUGUUUGUUUCUUACCUGUGGUUGACUACUUUUGUCCAGUCUUGCAAUCUUUCAUUGUGGACUUUGUUUACAUGAAAAUAAAUGGAGCUGCAAAAUA